GGAGGCAAACUUAUAGACAAACUUUAAAUGAUAUCUAUUUAUGGUUUAUGUCAUUACGUUAUCAUAUAAUGUAUUAAUUGUUUUAACAUAUGUUUAGUUAAUUGAUUAUCACUGUCUGAUCAAUACAAAUGAUAAAUUAGUUGACAAUGAAUAUGUCAGACGAUGAGAACCGAAGUGAUUGUCUUAGUGUUAGAUCCGAAACAUCUGAUUACUUCACAUUCAGUGAAAGCACACCAAAGAGUGUUGAGUCCAUCUAUUUUGACCACAAAUAUGCUCGUUCACCGCCAUAUUCAACCAUCACAUCGUCAACCACUUCCAACACAUCUCCAUCAACGGAUCCAAAGAGAAAACUAACAAAAAAACAUAAAUUAUUUAAAGGCCGACGACUUUUUGACACCAAAAGCGACUCUUGUUUGGCACCACUUUCAGAGAGACAACAGUUGGCCAUAGCUUUACAAUUAUCGUCAAACACAUCACCUGAACACGAAACGACAUCAAAGAGUAAAUAUGAGAUAAAAAGUAGUCAAAGGGUUCGUCGAAAUCCAAAAGGAGAGACAGAUCUUCACAUCGCUGCCAUCAAAGGGGAUCUGUCGAGAGUUCAACAGAUUAUUGCUGACAACAAAUACCACAUCGAUAUCACUGAUUUUGCAGGUUGGUCUCCGAUACACGAGGCCUGCAAUCGUGGCUUCAUUCAUAUAGUGGACACAUUAUUAAAAGCCGGCUCUGAUGUUAAUGCAAGAGGUUAUAAUAAAGAUACUCCUCUUAUAGAUGCAGCUGUCAAUGGUCACCACCAUUUAGUGUCAUACUUGUUAAGACAUGGCGCUAAUUAUUUUUUGACAAACGGAUCAAACAAAACAGCGCUUGAAGUGGCCAAAAGUCCUAAAGUGGUUGAAGUAAUUAAAUCUUUCAUUGACGAGAAGAUGAGAAAAAAUGGUGGAAACUCUAGAGAUAACAAUAAUACAAAUAAAAGUAGAUCCUCUUCUCCAACCAAUUCUCCAGUGAAGCCAUCCUCUCCUCGUUUGACAUUAAGAUUCCAUACAAUCAAAGAUUCUAAAUCCUUGGUCACAAACCUUCCCAACAGUACAACAAUGUCUUCAACUAAAACCUAUAGUGUUUCCAGUGCUUCUGAUAAAGACAGUGAUACCACUAAUGACUAUAAAAAUGAUAAACAAAAUGACAACAAUAGGAUUAACACAUCCAAUGGGAAUAACUCUGAACCAAUGAUCACUGGUGUGGAUCAUAAUUAUACAUCUGUUGAUUCAACACAAACUUCUUUAGAUGAAUCAAAUCGAAGUCGAAAACGAAGAAAAAGCAAUGACGGAAAUGUUUCGUCGACGAGUAACCAUUCAGGGGGUGCAUCCUCUCGAAGUGGUAGUAGUUCUUCUGUAGGAUCAUCGACUCAAUCGACAACUAAUCACAAUAAGAAACACCAUUCACAUCACCAUCAUAUGAAUAUAACAAAUAAAACAAAUAAUGUUAAAGAUAAAAGUGGUAAAAGAAUUGGCUCUUCAUCUGACAGCGAAUGCGUUGAAGGUUCCGAUUGUGAUAAAGAGUCCAACUCUAAGGAAACCAAUUUCAACGCCACUUUAAAUGCUACUUCAAGUGAAACUAAUUCUCCGAAAGUGCCGCCACUGAGGAUAGUAUUGCCGGCGAACUCAUCUAACACAACAUCAACAAUGAGUUCAACUAUAUCUGCAAAUAGCAGCAAUUCAACGAUAUCUUCAUCAGUGGCGUCGAGUACAACAAAUUCAAUGGCAAAAUUUCCAUAUGUGGUCACAUCGGAGGAGUCGUUUCAAAGUGAAAGUGAUAGUGUUUCCGGUGCUGUUGGUUCUCAAAGGAUUACCAGAAGUAGCCAAAGGGUUGCUCAGCAACAAAAUCAGAGAUCAAACCAUUCAUCAGCUGAACAUCACAGCGAUUCCGAAGAAUCGGCGCCGCAAACGGAUUCACAACAUCCGAGAAAACGUAAAAUUCGUAAUAAUAAUAAUAUUACGGCUAAUCUUAAUAAUAAUAAUACAAAUAACAAUAAUAAUAAUACAUCUAUUACUUCUAAUAAUAAUAAUAAUAUUAAUGAUAAUAAAAGAGAUUUAAACACAAAUAACUCAAACACUUCAGUAAACAAUUCUAAUGGUGAUAACGAUAACGAUUCUUCUUCAUCGACUUCAAGUGUCACACAAAACUUGAAAGACAUCUCACAGUUUGCAUUACCACAAACUAAUUGCUAUCAAAUGUAUUUAAGUAUUAGGAAAAAUGUGGAGAAAAAACGUAAAGAAAUGUUUUCAGUGCCACCAAAAGCACCGCAAGGUUUUGCUGAUUAUUUACUUAAUAGAUGUUCUUAUUUAUUGCAUGAAAAGUGUGGAACAGAUAAAAAUGGUUCAAAUAAUAGUAAUAAAGAAGGUAUUGGUGUUAAUAUAAUGUCAAAACCAAACGUUUUAGUGCCGCCGAGUAAUCUUAACGGAUCCAAAAUGAUUGAUGUAUUUAAUGAACAAGAAAAACAACGAAAUAAACUUAGGAUUCAACAUAUGAUUGAACGCCAAAAACUUAUUUUAUCGGCAGAACAGGAAAUACUUAGAGUUCAUGGAAGAGCUGCCCGAGCGAUGGCUAACCAAAGCGUUCCCUUUUCUGUCUGUUCUAUACUAAAGGACGAAGAAAUUUAUAACAUAUUUGAAACCGAAAGCGAACAAAACGAUUCACUAACUAAUAAUCACUUAAAAGGUGAAAAAUCACUAUAUCUGGGCACUAGUGGUAUGAGUGCCAACCGUACCCGAUAUAAUGGACGCCUAUUACUCUCAUGGCUUCAAGAUGUUGCCGACAAAUGGCAAAAAACAAAAGAAGUUAUGCUUUUGAGACAUAAAAAAGAAUCGGAAUCUAUGGUUGCAAUGCAGAGACUUGAAUGGGAGUGGAAACUCAAAGAGUUUGGUUUAUGUGAUCUUAAAACCAAUCCUAACAUCGAUGGUAAACACGUACCACUCGUUAACGUUAGCGACGACUUUGAACUCUUUCCCGUUUAAGGAUUAUUUUCAAAUGAAUUAAUAUAUAAUUAAGAAAGAAAUGAUUGAAUUGAUGUGAUUGUAAUAGUUUUCAAUUA